UAGCGCCGCUCUCCGCCUCGGCAGUGCCAGCCGCCAGUGGUCGCACUUGGAGGGUCUCGCCGCCAGUGGAAGGAGCCAUCGCCCCCGCCCGACCAUGGCCGAGGAUCUGGUCUUAGAGAGGUGUGAUCUGGAGCUGGAGACCAAUGGCCGAGACCACCACACGGCCGACCUGUGCCGGGAGAAGCUGGUGGUGCGACGGGGCCAGCCCUUCUGGCUGACCCUGCACUUUGAGGGCCGCAACUACGAGGCCAGUGUAGACAGUCUCACCUUCAGUGUCGUGACCGGCCCAGCCCCUAGCGAGGAGGCAGGGACCAAGGCCCGUUUUCCACUGCGAGAUGCUGUGGAGGAGGGUGACUGGACAGCCACUGUGGUGGACCAGCAAGACUGCACCCUCUCGCUGCAGCUCACCACUCCGGCCAACGCCCCCAUCGGCCUGUAUCGCCUCAGCCUGGAGGCCACCACUGGCUACCAGGGAUCCAGCUUUGUGCUGGGCCACUUCAUCUUGCUCUUCAAUGCCUGGUGCCCAGCGGAUGCUGUGUACCUGGACUCGGAAGAGGAGCGGCAGGAGUACAUCCUCACCCAGCAGGGCUUUAUCUACCAGGGCUCGGCCAAGUUCAUCAAGAACAUACCUUGGAAUUUUGGGCAGUUUGAAGAUGGGAUCCUAGACAUCUGCCUGACCCUUCUCGACGUCAACCCCAAGUUCCUGAAGAACGCCGGCCGUGACUGCUCCCGCCGCAGCAGCCCCGUCUACGUGGGCCGGGUGGUGAGCGGCAUGGUCAACUGCAACGAUGACCAGGGUGUGCUGCUGGGACGCUGGGACAACAACUACGGGGACGGCAUCAGCCCCAUGUCCUGGAUCGGCAGCGUGGACAUCCUGCGGCGCUGGAAGAACCACGGCUGCCAGCGCGUCAAGUACGGCCAGUGCUGGGUCUUCGCCGCCGUGGCCUGCACAGUGCUGAGGUGCCUGGGCAUCCCCACCCGCGUCGUGACCAACUACAACUCGGCCCAUGACCAGAACAGCAAUCUUCUCAUCGAGUACUUCCGCAAUGAGUUUGGGGAGAUCCAGGGUGACAAGAGCGAGAUGAUCUGGAACUUCCACUGCUGGGUGGAGUCAUGGAUGACCAGGCCAGACCUGCAGCCGGGGUACGAGGGCUGGCAGGCCCUGGACCCAACGCCCCAGGAGAAGAGCGAAGGGACGUACUGCUGUGGCCCAGUUCCAGUUCGUGCCAUCAAGGAGGGCGACCUGAGCACCAAGUACGAUGCGCCCUUUGUCUUUGCGGAGGUCAAUGCCGACGUGGUAGACUGGAUCCAGCAGGACGAUGGGUCUGUGCACAAAUCCAUCAACCAUUCCCUGAUUGUUGGGCUGAAGAUCAGCACUAAGAGCGUGGGCCGAGAUGAGCGGGAGGAUAUCACCCACACCUACAAAUACCCAGAGGGGUCCUCAGAGGAGAGGGAGGCCUUCACGAGGGCCAACCACCUGAACAAACUGGCCGAGAAGGAGGAGACGGGGAUGGCCAUGCGGAUCCGGGUGGGCCAGAGCAUGAACAUGGGCAGUGACUUUGAUGUCUUUGCCCACAUCACCAACAACACCGCUGAGGAGUACGUCUGCCGCCUCUUGCUCUGUGCCCGCACCGUCAGCUACAACGGGAUCUUGGGGCCCGAGUGUGGCACCAAGUACCUGCUCAACCUCAACCUGGAGCCUUUCUCUGAGAAGAGCAUUCCUCUUUGCAUCCUCUAUGAGAAAUACCGUGACUGCCUCACGGAGUCCAACCUCAUCAAGGUGCGGGCCCUCCUCGUGGAGCCAGUUAUCAACAGCUACCUGCUGGCUGAGAGGGACCUCUACUUGGAGAACCCAGAAAUCAAGAUCCGGAUCCUUGGGGAGCCCAAGCAGAAACGCAAGCUGGUGGCCGAGGUGUCCCUGCGGAACCCGCUCCCUGUGGCCCUGGCAGGCUGCACCUUCACUGUAGAGGGGGCUGGCCUGACUGAGGAGCAGAAGACGGUGGAGAUCCCAGACCCCGUGGAGUCAGGGGAGGAAGUUAAGGUGAGAAUGGACCUGUUGCCGCUCCACAUGGGCCUCCACAAGCUGGUGGUGAACUUCGAGAGCGACAAGCUGAAGGCUGUGAAGGGUUUCCGGAAUAUCAUCAUUGGCCCCGCCUAAGGGACCCCUGCUCCCAGCCUGCUGAGUGCCCCCACCUUGAUCCCAAUCCUUAUCCCAAGCUAGUGAGCAAAAUAUGCCCCUUCUUGGGCCCCAGAUCCCAGGGCAGGGUGGGAAGCCUAUGGGGGCUCUCGGAAAUGGAAUGUGUCCCUGGCCCAUCUCAGCCUCCUGAGCCUGUGGGUCCCCAGUCACCCCCUUUGCUGUAAGGAAUGCUCUGUGCCAGAAACAGUGGGAGCCCUGACCUUGGCUGACUGGGCCUGGGGUGAGAGAGGAAAGACCUACAUUCCCUCUCCUGCCCAGAUGCCCUUUGGAAAGCCAUUGACCACCCGCCAUAUUGUUUGAUCUACUUCAUAGCCCCCUGGAGCAGGCAAACAAGGGACAGCAUGCCCCUUGGCUGGAUCAGGGAAUCCAGCUCCCUAGACCGCAUCCUGUACCUCUUCCCAUGACUGCACCCAGCUCCAGGGGCCCUUGGGACAGCCAGAGCUGGGUGGGGACAGUGAUAGGCCCAAGGUCCCCUCCACAUCCCAGCAGCCCAAGCUUAAUGGCCCUUCCCCUCAACCUCACCAUUGUGAAGCACCUACUAUGUGCUGGGUGCCUCCCACACUUGCUGGGGCUCACGGGGCCACCAACCCACUUAAUCACCAUGGGAAUCUGUUGUGGGCGCUGCUUCCAGGAUGAGACUGAGGCUUAGAGAGAGGAGGCAGCCCCCUCCGCAGCAGUGGCCUCGUGAUUAUUAGCAAGGCUGGGUAAUGUGAAGGCCCAAGAACAGAGUGUGGGCCUCUGACUCUGAGUCCACUUCUCCAUUUCUAACCCCAGCCUGACCUGAGACUGUCGGAGAGGCUGUCUGGGACCUGAUCAAAAAAAGACUCAGCUGAGACAAGGAAGUAAAGAGGGGACUGGGGGACUGGGAGUCAGAGCCCUGGCUGGGUUCAGGCCCCACGUCUGGCCAGGCACUGCCUUCCCUUCUCUGGGCCUUUGUUUCCUUAUUGGUCAGAGGAGUGAUUGAACCAGCUCAUCUCAAGGAUCCUCUCCGCUCCAUGUUUGCAAUGCUUUUACAUGGCCCAGCCUUGUAAAUAACCACAAGGUCCACUCCCUGCUCCAUAAAGCCUUAAGCCAUAGGCCCAGGAUAUUUCUGAGAGUGAAACCAUGACUGUGACCACCUUCUGUCCCCAGCCCUGUCCUGGUCCCCUCCUGUGCCCAGGUACCACCCUUCAGACCCCAGUUCUAGGCGAGAAGAGUCCUGGACACCCCUGCCCUACCCAUGAGCCUGCCCGCUGCAAUGCCUAGACUUCCCAACAGCCUUAGCUACCAGUGCUGGUCACUAACCAACAAGGUUGGCACCCCAGCUACCCCUUCUUUGCAGGGCUAAGGCCCCCAAACAAAGCCCCUGCCCCGGAGGAAGCUUGGGGAGCCCAUGAGUUGUCAGCUCUGAUUUUAUCUCCUGCUCUUUCUACAUGACUGGGCCUCCUUCGGGAUGGAAAAAGGGGGGAUUCGCUAUUGGAGGUGAGAUCACAGCCUCCAGGGCCCCCCAAAUCCCAGAGAAGGACUUGGAGAGAAUCAUGCUGUUGCAUGUAGAACUUUCUGCUUUGCACAGGAAAGAGUCACACAAUUAAUCAACAUGUAUAUUUUCUCUAUACAUAGAGCUCUAUUUCUCUACGGUUUUAUAAAAGCCUUGGGUUCCAGGCAGGCAGUAGAUGUGCUUCUGAACCGCAAGGAGCAAACACUGAAAUAAAAUAGUUUAUUUUUCACACUCCAA